AUGGUUAAACAAACAAGAGCUACAUCAUUUACGUCAAAGAAAAAUAAACGCCCUAAAGCAGUGGCUGAAAAAAAGAAAGCUCUAAAAAGUAAACCUAAAGAGAAAACCAAAAAGCAAAAAUCUCAAGAGAAACCCAAAGAAAGCACUAAUAAAGCUCAAAUGAAAUCCAAGAAAAAAAUAAUUUCUUCAGAAUCGCCAACUAAAGAAAAAGAAUGUGAGUCUCCCAAAGAAGAAUUCACAAAUGAGCCUUACAAAGCAGCUCAAGAGCAGCCAGAAAAACCAGCUGAGCAGGUUUUUCCCUCAAAAUCCAGAACUCAAAGCAUAGUCAGAAGAACCAUUACCAGAAUUUUCAUCUCUAAAGCCUAG